UUGUACAGCAGCUCCGUGGACUGGGAGCGGGGCUGGGGCCUGCGCAGCCCGCAUCCCACCGCCCAGUCCCCGCCCACCGCUGCCAACGGAGCUCGGUGACGAUAAGACCCCCGGACGGCCGCUGCUGCUCCGGCAGUCAUCAAGGAGCGACCGCGCCUGUGUGGAGCCGAAACGGAGCCGAAACCCGCCACGAUCAGCGCGGAGAAGCAAAGGUGUCCUUAAAGGUUGCAGCGGUUACAGUGACAUGGACAACAAAAGUGGUUCCACACCCUGCAGAGCUAACACGGCAGCCUUGCCCGAGCUGCCGAGCUGAACAUGACUCAGAGAAAUGGAAUCAGGGGGACGAGCGAUCGUUACCUCCACUCGGAGGCCUCCGAGGUUUUCAAAGAGGCCAACGAUAUGGAGAAAGUUCAGGAGGCCAACGGCUGUGAAUCCGAGGAGAAGCAGUCGGGAGGCGAAGCCAGAGACUCGGGGCCAGUAGCGGGGGCAGUAACGGCUCCAGAUGGAGGUUGGGGAUGGGUGGUGCUGAUUGCCACCAUCAUGGUCCUGGCGUUGACCCUGGCGUUCCCCUCCUGUGUGGGAAUCUACUACACCGACCUGCAGAAUGAGUUCCACGCCUCAAACAGUGAAACCUCCUGGGUGCCCUCCAUCAUGACGUCAGUUCUGCAUGCAGGAGGUCCCUUUUGUAGCGUGCUGGUGGAGAGGUUUGGCUGCCGAGCAACAGUCAUGUUGGGCGGAGUCCUGAGCGGGCUGGGAAUGGCGGCCAGCUCAUUUACCCGGUCCAUCACCGAGCUCUACAUCACCGCCGGGGUCGUCACAGGACUCGGCUUCUGCUUCAGCUUCCAGCCAGCCGUGACCAUCCUGGGACACUACUUCGUGCGCCGCCGUGCGUUCGCCAACGCCAUGUCCUCCACCGGCACGGCCCUGGGACUGUGCACGCUGCCUUUCCUGGGAAACUACCUCCACACUGAGUUCGGCUGGAGGGGCAGCUUUCUGGUCCUGGGGGCCGUUUUGCUGAACUGCUGCGUUUGUGGAGCCGUGAUGAGGCCCCUGCAGCCCAGCAGGCGUCGAGGGCAGCCGCUGAUGAACCACGGACCCCCUCCUCCCGACGAGGACAACGACAGGAAGGAAAAGGGGCCGGUGAGGACGAUAUGGAGCUGCCUGUUGGCCACCCUGAGCAAACACAUGGCCUUCGAUCAGUUCUGCAACAACCCGCGUUACUGCGUGUACGCUAUCGGCAUCACGUGGAUGAUGCUGGGGUUCGUGGUGCCCCUCAUCUACCUGGUUCCUUACGCCACGGCCCACGGCAUGGAGCAGAGCCGGGCAGCUUUCCUGCUCUCCAUCCUGGGGAUCGUCAACAUCGUGGUGCGGCCUCCUUUCGGCAUCAUCUUCAACAUGCCCUGGUUCAAAGGGCGACACAUCUACGUGUUCGCCUUCGCUCUGCUGGUCAACGGGCUCAGUAACAGCAUCUGCUCCAUCGGGCCCGGCUUCCCCGUGCUGCUGGCGUACGUGGUGAUCUACGGGCUGUCCAUGAGCGUGGUGGGCUCCCUCAUGUUCACCGUCCUCAUGGAUAUCGUGGAGAUGAGCCGCUUCCCCUCCGCCCUGGGCCUCCUCGCUAUCAUGGAGAGCAUCACGCUGCUCAUCGGGCCGCCGCUGGCAGGAGUUCUGGUGGACAGAACCGGCCAGUACUACCACGUCUUCUUCGCCUGCAGCGCCGUCGUUGCCUCGUCCGCCCUGUUCCUCAUGGCGUCCUUCUCCCUGCUGGCUAGAAAGGAGAGGAAGGCGCUGCAGCAGGGUCAACCCUCCACGCCGGCCGACCCCUCCAUCGAGGUGGCCCCCGGCUGCCAGUACCGCAGCGUCCCCACAGAGGGCGACAGAGACAAGGCCUCGGCCAACGGGGCGGAAUACAUCACCAGCGUCUGAACCCUCACACUGCGUCGCACUGAUUCCUGAUGUUUGCUCGCCAGGUGCUGCAGAGUUUACUUUAGCGUGGUUGGAUGACCUCGUCUGCCUCCACCUCCCGCGGCGCCAUAAAAGUCCAAACGAAUGCUAGGAAUGGUUUGCGCCGUCUGGCCGCGGUUCCAUACCAAAACGAACAGAUGUGCACUUAGAACUACGAUGUGAUUGUACUGUUCUCUUGUAAAAUGCUGCUGAUCUCAUGACACAAUCUUUCACACUCACUUUUAUCAAGCCAAGACACAUACAUGAUCCUGUGUUUUAAAUGGAAAUCACACCUAGACGAUGGCUGGAACAGUGUUUUAACCUCCUGUUGUCCUCAUUUACAGGCACCAAAGUAUUGUUUCCUUGUCUGAAAAAAAUACAAAAAUUCAGAAAAAAAAUUCCACAAAUUUCUGAAAAUUUGCAAAACCUUCAGGAAGAAAAUUCCAAUAAUUCCUUCAAAGUUUCCCUUAAAAGUUUUAUUUUUAAAAAAUCCCCCAAAUUUGGCAAGAACAUUGUUGGAAAUAUUUUCAAAAAAUGAGUAAGAAUCGUCCAAAAAAUCCUAAAAAUAUCUAAAGUGAUUACAUAUAUAUCAGUAAAACUUCUAAUAUUUUCUUGAAGAACAUUCACAUAAAAAUCAAACAAAAUCCAGUGAAAUUCGCUGGAUUUUGGUUGAUUUUUUUGCGAAUGUUCUUAAGAAACAUUUUUAACAUUUCUUUUUUUCCACCAAAAAUGUUUCCCGAAAAUGUGGAUACCAGAAGUUUCACUGUGAAAAUAUUUUUUUCCCACAUUUUCAAACUUUAAAACGGGUCAAUUUGACCCGCAGGACGACAUGAGGGUUAAAUGUGUCUGAGGAGGAGGUACGUUCCUGUUGAUGGUGAUACAGCAGGAAAAGUGUUCUAGUAUCAAUGGCUGGUUUUAUUUUAUGUCCAUCUUAUUGGAAACAAACCCCAUAACACCAAAAUCAACUCCCUUUAUUUACACUAAUGUGAAAAAUAAGCACAUCUCUGAGUGAACAAUCCCAGUGAGAACAUGUGAUUGGACACCAGAACAGUGCAGCAGCACUCUAAAACUACACGACUUCAAUAACUAAUCUGAUUUCAAAUAUAUUUACUGAGGAAUCACAGAGAGCAAUUUAUUUAUUUAUUUAGCCAGGGGAGAUCCCGUUGAGAUUAAGAACCUCUUAUUCAAGGGAGUCCUGGCCAAGAUAGGCAGCAGCGAGUACAAAGCACUGUUAUAAAAUUACACAGUUAAAACAGAAUUAAAACACAAAAAAUAAAAAAUAUAAUGAUUAAAUUUACAAGCAAGUUAUAAAAAAGUGCGUGUUGUGGAAAUGGCCUCAAGAACUCGCAGUUUAGAUUUAAAGGCACUCAAUGAGAUGACCUCAGUUAAUUUCCAGUCUUUCUGCAAUAUAUUCCAGGCAGAAUUGCAGAAUAAAUGUGAACUUGCACAAUAAAAGUCGUAAUAUUUCUCAACAUAGUCCCUCAAGAUAAGCUCAGAAUGUCCACCUUAAAGGCGUUGAGGGUGUCUGUCAACACUGGCUGAGCUCCAGAUUAACACGUUUCAAUGUUUCUGGUGUGUUGAGUCUAAAUCCACAGUUUUGUUUUCACCUGCUAGAUCACCAUGGUAACGGAUGCUGCACAGCUAACUUCUGACUGAGUUUGGGAUUCAAAUGGGGUCUGAGGAAAAAGUGCAUUUGUUGGGAACUAUUUUUAGCUGCGGAUGUAUACAUGUUCAUGGUAAUGAAGGAAUAUAACGUGGGUUUUUUUUAGGAAUAAUGGAGCUCUAUCAUGCUUUACGCACACUGUACUUGUUAUUCACAUUAAUUUAUUCUUGAUUUUGGUCUUUUUUAAUGGGAUUUGUUUCACUGGAAGAAUAACAUAAAGCAGCUCCAGCCUUUUGCUUUCAACACUAAACCGCAAAACACUGUUAUAGUGGGCUUUUAAUCAGUCUGAACAGGGUGCAGAUAACAUGUUUUGUUUAGUUUUUUACAUUUUUGUUACGUUUAGAGCAGAUUUACACCAAUGUGGAUGACUAUAUGAGCACAUUAGAAGACGUAUGUUUGUCAUCGUCUGUCAGGUGUAGCAGCAGCAGAUUAAUCAUGAUUUUUUUCCCAGCAUGCUUCUCAUUCCUUGAUGCUACAGUGCCUUUUCACAUAGCUGGUGUAUUUCUAACAAUGACUCACUACCACAGGAUAGUUUCACACCUUUUCAGGAACACAUGAUUUUAAACUGUCGGCUGUUCAGAGGUUUGGAGCAUCUCAAAAGCACCGAACGUCUGACACGAUCAAAGUUUUACGACACUGAAGAUGAGUUUGGUUCCAAUCAGAGACUCAUCUUUUGGUAAAUUUCACACCACCGGUUAAGGUUUUAACAAAGCUGUUUUAAGUGACUGAAAAUCAAAUACACUUUCAGGUAUAAGCUGUGUUGCAGUAAACAAACCUCUUUCCCACCGGAGGAUUUAUUAGUCAUUUUUAGAGGCUUGUCUUGCUGUGGGCCAAAUUAUAUCUUUAUUAUAUGUAGAAAUUCUUUAUUUAUACAUUGUGAUCAGGAGAUAAAUAAAUGUUUGAAUAUCAAA